CUGGCGGAGGAGUGGGCGGCGGCGAGUGCCGUCUCCCCGUCGAGCCCCGCAAUACCUUAUUCCUCACGGCCGCAUUGCCCAUGGGGCUGACCCCUGGCUGGAGCGGGGCGGAAGGGCAGCCAGGCCGGCCUGACAGCCGUGGUCAGCCCCUCUGCUGGCCGCUCCCCUCACCUCGGAAGAGCGAGGGGCUGGGAGGCCCGCCUGCACUCGCCGGGACGAGGCUGUCACUCCUGGGCUUCAUCGCGGGCUGGAGUGGGGCCCUGGGGGAUGCCUGAGCCCAGCAUCACCCGGCCGGACACGGAGGGCCGCGCGGCAGCGGCCGGGAGAAGAGCAGGAAAGUUGGACUGCGAAGGGCUGAGAGCGACCUGUGGCCUGGCCGGGAAAGAAGGGUGCUGGAAGGCUUGUCCGCCCUCCUCCUUCCCCUCCUCGGCUUCCCAGGGAAGCCCCUGCAGCCGGCUUCACACCUUCAUAGCAAGCGCAGGUUUUGAAGCUGACAGCUUCUUUUACGUCUCACUAACGUUUUUUCUCCACGCUGAUCCUCUGUAGUUGUUAUCUCUGCUGCCAGUUGUACUAGUUCCUCGGGCUUUCUUCACAAUCUUUAAAGCAGGUCAGAGCUUGUAACUUUUGAGCGCAAGGGCUCAGCGACAAAGGUGCCUUUGCUCUUGCAAACUGAGUGAAGUCAACACGAAAAGGUAAAGGUUUGUUCGCUUUCUGUGGUUCCUUUCUCGGGUCCCAGUGGCAAAACUGUGGCGGUCUUAUUUCUGUCAGAAUCUCAUCUCACUUCUGUCUUGCAGGAAGGUACAUUGCAUUAAUAUGUGCGUGUCAGACUGCACUAGCUGCCUUUCCACACUGUCUUCUGUUUUUUCCCAGUUGGCUAAUCUCUUUAACUGUAUUCUUUUUGCUGCCAAGGGUUUGAUGUGUUGGGAUGCUGUCUCCCACUCUAAAGUCUCCUGGCAACUUUGCUCGGUCCACUUGUAAUUAUGCGAUCCAGAAAUCAGCGUAGUUGGCGUUUCCUUCUGUUUCUUUCUGCCCUCUCUCCUCUUCACAGUUCAGUCUGGAGUUGCUCCAACCUCUUGGAUUUUCUUGCCUUCUGUAGAGAAAUGGAGCGAGAGAGGAAUUGUGGUGUGUGGAUGUGGAAAUGUUUGGUUUUGAAGGGAUGACGGAAUACUUCACAACGUGGUACUGUAUUGAAACUAACGUUAUGAAGAUGUCUUUUAAGAAACUGAAGAACAGAAAUCAGACCUGCAAUAUUUAUUGAGCCACCUGUUUGUGCCUAAAUGAGCUGGACAAGAUUUUGAUACAGGAUGCCAAUAUCGAUCUGUGCGUUGUCUUGGAUGUGGCUGAUAUGGAAAAGGGCCCAGGAGGAUGCUGAGGGCUAUGUCACUGCUUCUUGAUAGUCGGAAACCUGACCAAAACUCUGAUGACGAGAGAGGAAGGCUUUUCUCCCACUAGUGCUCCCUUUGUGUUGUCAGCCUUCCGUUCCUAGAAAUCUGCUGGCGCUACAAAAGCAAUAGGAAAUCUGAGAUUGCUAGCCCCACGUGGCUCCCACUGUUAACUGCUCGAUGCCUGGCAACAUGGUAGGGACAGAAGUAAAAACUUUUGACUUUGGGAAAACCUCUGAAAACCAGAAAUACAUAGCACCAGCAUGGAGGAUAUUGCUCAAAGCUGGUGAUGGUGAGUCCAACUUCAGAGCAGUAUGACAGCUUGCUCCGGCAGAUGUCAGAGAGAAUCGACGAGGGAUGUGGAGAGACCAUCUAUGUCAUUGGUCAAGGGUCAGAUGGGACUGAGUACGGUCUAAGCGAGGCAGACAUGGAAGCGUCCUACGCCACGUUGAAGAGCAUGGCAGAGCAGAUCGAAGCAGACGUGAUCCUCCUGCGGGAGCACCAGGAGGCAGGGGGCAAGGUGCGCGACUACCUGGUUCGGAAACGUGUGGGUGACAACGACUUCCUGGAGGUCAGGGUAGCAGUGGUUGGCAAUGUGGAUGCAGGGAAGAGCACAUUGCUAGGUGUCUUGACACAUGGUGAACUCGACAAUGGCCGAGGCUUUGCUCGGCAAAAGCUCUUCCGCCAUAAGCACGAGAUCGAGUCGGGCCGCACCAGCAGCGUGGGCAAUGACAUUCUGGGCUUUGACAGUGAGGGCAACGUGGUGAACAAGCCUGACAGCCACGGUGGCAGCUUGGAAUGGACAAAGAUCUGUGAGAAAUCCACCAAGGUCAUUACUUUCAUUGACCUGGCUGGUCACGAAAAGUACCUGAAAACUACUGUCUUUGGCAUGACCGGACAUUUACCUGACUUCUGCAUGCUUAUGGUUGGCAGUAAUGCUGGGAUUGUUGGAAUGACCAAGGAGCACCUGGGGCUGGCGCUUGCACUCAACGUUCCUGUCUUUGUUGUCGUGACCAAGAUCGACAUGUGCCCUGCCAACAUCCUCCAAGAAACCCUGAAGCUGUUACAGCGACUGCUGAAGUCCCCAGGGUGCAGGAAGAUUCCCGUGCUGGUUCAGAGCAAGGAUGAUGUCAUUGUAACAGCCUCCAACUUCAGCUCAGAGAGGAUGUGCCCAAUUUUCCAAAUUUCAAAUGUCACCGGGGAGAACCUGGAUUUACUGAAGAUGUUUCUUAAUCUCUUGUCCCCACGGACCAGUUACAGGGAAGAAGAGCCAGCAGAAUUCCAGAUAGAUGAUACUUACUCUGUCCCGGGUGUAGGAACCGUUGUGUCUGGGACGACACUGAGAGGCCUCAUCAAACUAAAUGACACCCUGCUGCUGGGACCAGAUCCCCUUGGCAACUUCCUCCCUAUUGCUGUCAAGUCCAUCCACCGCAAGAGAAUGCCGGUCAAAGAAGUGCGGGGAGGCCAGACCGCCUCCUUUGCUUUGAAAAAGAUCAAGCGUUCUUCCAUCCGGAAAGGCAUGGUAAUGGUGUCGCCUCGCCUGAAUCCACAAGCGUCGUGGGAGUUUGAGGCAGAGAUUCUGGUGCUGCAUCACCCCACCACCAUCAGCCCACGGUAUCAGGCCAUGGUGCACUGUGGCAGCAUCCGUCAGACGGCCACGAUUCUCAGCAUGGACAAGGACUGCCUGCGGACGGGGGACAAAGCCACCGUGCACUUCCGCUUCAUCAAAACCCCAGAGUAUCUGCAUAUAGACCAGCGCCUGGUCUUCCGGGAGGGACGCACCAAAGCUGUGGGUACCAUCACUAAGUUGCUCCAGACCACCAAUAACUCACCAAUGAACUCCAAGCCCCAGCAGAUCAAGAUGCAGUCGACCAAGAAGGGAGCGGUGACGAAGCGAGAGGAUGGCGUUGGUGCGGCUGGGACAGCGGCUGCAGGCCCAGCAGCUGGGGACGAGGCCCCCUCCGCAGCCGCAGCGCCACCAGCACCUGCUGCCCUGCAGCCACUGGCAAAAGUCGGCGGUGGAGGAGGCCGGCGGCGUGGGGGUCAGCGCCAUAAAGUGAAGUCUCAGGGAGCCUGUGUGACUCCUGCCAGUGGCUGCUGAAUUUCUUACUCCUCCUCCCUCUGAGGAAUUCGUCCCCUCCCCUUCAUUUUCUUAUCCAAAAGAUCCAGAGCAGCUUAAACCAAAACCAUCCCAGCUGAUUGGCUGCAGAAGAAUCAUCCCUCCUCCCUGAAGGAAGCAAUGGAGAGGAGCAUAAUUUAUAAGCUAAUGAAGGUGAUGAGACACACAGAACUGAGUAACUGACACCUUCCUCCUCCCCGUCGACACAUUUUUGUACAUCAUGGGCUUAGUUUUUAUUCUUAUUAGUUUUUAUUAUAUUUUGUGUGCAUGAAGAUGAGAGGAGAUGAGUCUGGAGAGAACUGAGAAGAGCCAGUUAGCUGCCUCCCUCCUCCCUUACCCCAUUCUGUCCACAGGACUUGCUGCUCUCCUCCUCUGUGCCCUCUCAGAACCAGGGGUUUUUGGACGCCUGAAACUUCAAACUGGCAAAGGUUAAAACAAGGUUGCUUAGGAUGGCUCCACGGGGCGUUGUUUCCUCACCAUUGUUUCUGUGUUCCCUCCAUCUUAAACUGAGCGGGUUCAACUUAAUGUUGUAGCGAGUGAAGACUGAAGGAGACGGUAAGAAAGAUCAGCAGCUGGAGACGUAAGAGGGAAAACGAAUUGGAAAGCAGUUCUUGAUGUGGAGGAAUCCUGUCCUAAAUACCUGUCUCAAGUACACUGAUAGCACUUAAAUUUUUUAACAGAGACAGAAUGAAGUGGGCAGUGAUUUGCCCAUCCCGUUGCCCUUCCCAUCGUGCUGCUUUUCCUGUCGUUCGGUGGGUGCAAACUUGAGCUGCCUCUCGAGGCCAAGUGAUGGGAUUAACAGCAGAGUGCAGGCACACUCGGCCCAUCCCUUGAGCCAGAGAAAGCUUUGCAGAGACCACAGGUGGUAACAGACCUUUGGAACAGAGACACCAGCCAAACAUCACCUCCCCUUGAUUUUGUUUACUCCAAGAUUGCCCACAGCUUUUUUCUGGAACUCGCUGGCCAGACUUUGCCAUGGCAGAAGUAGGAUUUGUCUUCUCCCCUCUUGGCUGAAGAAGGCAACAGUUGGUACCAAACUUAGAGUCUGGUAUUUUUUUCUGACUUUCAUUUAAUCUUUUUUAAGAUUGUGUGGGUGGUUGUGUUUUGUUGGGUUUUUUUUUUGCCUUGUGACAAAUUCUGGCUGCUCCAGAAAGGCCCUGCAAAGACGGUCUGUGAAUUAACUUUUAUUAUUACCAUGGGUUUUUUAGCCCUGGGUUAAAUUCCCUGCUUAUUUUGAUCUCUCUUCUUCUAACCCCAUGUCUUCACUUGGCUCCUGUGAGCACAGGAGGUGUCUCCUUUGCUGGGUUGUGGUGAGUUGUGAGAGCUUUUUGAGGGAGGAGGUGGCAUCCUCAGCACAUCCUUGCUCUUCCCAGCAGGUGCGGUCAGCCUCGGUUUCUUCGAGGGCUUCCUCCUCCUCCAGUGAAGGACUUUGAUUUUUCAAUUAGAGGGAGCCUGUAAAGUUUCUGUCCCUCCUUAGUGGGUUGUUUUGUUUCUCACUCUGUGGCAACCUGUGUGGAGUUCAUUCCAGUUCACCGUGUGAUUUGAGGGAGGCUUUUCAAGCUGACUGAGCUGUAGCAGCUUGGAGCGGGGAGACUGCACCUCCUGCCUGCCAGCACCAGCACUCCAAGAGCAUUAAGAGGCACGGGAGAGGUGAGGAAUGUGGUUUGGAGAUGAGGGUACUUUGCCUUAGAGACUGCAGUGGCCUGAGCGUGGGUGGAAGGGGGGGGUCAGGCUGUCUGUUCCACGCUAUGUGCCUCGAUACCAGCACUCUCCUGGCGAGGGAGGAACUAUAGGCGGCUACAACACUAAUAGCACCCGUGUUGUGAGGGGUGUGAAAUGUGGCUAAGCAGGGCACGGGAAGGCUUGGGUUGACUGUCUUCUGGCCCUGUAGCAGCAUCAGACUGCAUCUGCUUUCCCUGCCCUCUGCUUCUGAGGGGAGCGGGGAGCUCCAGGCGGUUUUUCUCUUUCUCCAUUCCUUGUGCUCCAAAUGAAGGAGACUGCCGAGACUGGAAGAGGGUUUACUUCAGUUUGUGCAAAGGAGGUGGCGUGAUCUCUCUUUUGUGACCAGCACUCAAAGAUCACUCAGGCUCGUGUGAUCUAUAAAAUAAAUUUUUAAGAAGUUGGUUCCAAGUUAAA